UCGUCUGACAGGCGUGGUGUGGGCGUGGUGUCGGUAGCUCCUCCCCUGGUUGUGUGAGAUUGUCCUCGCGUUCUUCAGGACCGUGGAGCCCGGGAGCAGCAUGAGGUCCCCGCGGAGCCGCCCACCUCUACCGGCCCUGCUCCUCCUCCUCCUGUCCGGGUCCGUGGUUCUGGGCCGUGUAGUCCGUGUCCCGUCCGGUCCUCUCCUGCGGGUGGAAGGUACCGAUGUCUCCAUCUCCUGUAACGUCAGUGACUAUGAAGGCCCCAGAGAGCAGAACUUUGAUUGGGCGUUUUCCUCGGGGGCGGGUCCAGCGGUGAAUGUGCUCAGCACCUGGGACACCUCCUUCACGCACUCCUCCUACGCGGAGCGGGUGAGAUCUGGGAGCGUCCACCUCCAGCGGACAGGAAACGGCGAAGUGCAGCUCCGUAUUCACCAGUUACGGGCGACCGACGAGGGGAACUACACCUGCUUCACCCCCAGCACCGACGCCACCUACAGCGGCAACUACCAAGCCCACGUCCAGCUGAAAGUGAUCUCUGACGCCCUCCGCCUCCAGGUCCCCAGAGGUCGCCAGAACAGCGUCCGUAAUCUAACCGAAGGCGGCUCCUUCCAGAUUCCGUGCCAGGCAUCGUUUGAAGAUGGGGCCCCUCACGUCCACCUCUCUCUCACCUGGCGGCGCCAGUCCCAGGGCCCCAUCUCAGAGGUGCUGACACUUACACACCUGGGGCGGCUGCAGCCUGGCACAGAGUACGCGGCUCGAUACAGCAGUGGUGAGUUACGGGUGGACACUGCGGCGUCGGACACUUACCUGCUGACGGUGGAGGGUGCGCAGCCAGGCGAUGGCGGAGAAUACAGCUGUGUGGCCCAAACCUGGGUGCAAGGGCCCGACGGCUGGGAGAAGAUCCAGGAGAAGAUGGUGGACGUGGCCCGGGUGGAGAUCCGGCCGAUUGUGCUGACCGUGUCCCUGGUGGAGCCGGCCCUGGUAGUGGCGGAGGGCGCCUCCUUCACCCUUUCCUGCCUGGUGGCGGUAGAUUCCAGCGCCCCCCUCGUCACCCGGGUGCGUUGGUUUCACAAUCAUUCAGGAGAGCUGCACCAACUGCCCAGCGGGUCUGACCCCGACCCUGCCCCCGACACCCCCACCACCCAUCAGCUGCUGGUGCCACAAGCAUGGGACUCCGGGGAAUACACCUGCCAAGCCACGGCCUGGACUCUGCUCCGGAACAGGACGUGGCACCGAGCUGCCGAAGGCCGCUCCGCCGCCGUGAGGGUGCAGGUGACGCAUGAGGCUCUGGAUCUCGUGGUGUCGCUGAACAUUUCUCUCGCCCCCCGCGUGGCAGAGGAUCCCUCCGAGCUGCGCUGUCACCUGAGCGGGGCCCCGCACCUGUCUGUGUCCUGGUACUUCACCCAAUCUCUGGAGAAGGGCUCCCCGGUCCUGGUGGGCUCCCUGCAUCGGGAUGGAAGCCUUCAAGUGGGGGAGACCUAUCGGCAGCGGGUGGAGAGGGGGGGGCUGAUCCUCUCCCGCCAGGGGCCCCAGACCUUUGUGCUGCGUAUACAGUGGACGUCGGAGGAGGAUCGGGGAAGCUACCACUGCAUCGGCACCAGCUGGAAGCUUCUGCGCAACCAGAGCUGGGCCCCGGCCACGGAGGCCACAUCUGCACCCGUCAGCCUCUACUGGAAGAGUGAAGGCUCCUCUAUCGCGGUGAGCGCCCGGCUGGUAAAGAUGGUGUCCGCUGCGGGAGGAACGUUUGAGAUGAUUUGCACGGUGCAGCCGCAGAACCUCCCCUCCCCCCAGUAUUCUGUGAGGGUGACACUGACACCCCCCCAAGAGACCGCCGCCCCGGUCACUGUCAUCACGCUGAACCGCGAGGGGGUGAUACGCCGGCGGCCGAGCGCAGUCAGCAACACUGUGCUGGAGAAGGGCAAGGAGGGCGCCUACCUGUUCAGACUGUACCAGGCGCAGAGCCAGGACGUGGGCGUGUACCAGUGUGAGGUCACUGCGUGGGCGCAGGGAGGGGGCGGGGCCUGGAGGAUGACGCACAACAAAACCACCAAUCCCGUGCAGCUGGAGUUCCAGACUGCAGGUCCAGUAUUUAACGUCAGUGCACGGUCGGACAGGCUGAGCGUGUAUCGCGGUGACCGCUCCGAGUUCUGGUGCAUCAUCACCAUAGAUGGUCCAGCCAUUGAUCCAGGUGACAUGGCAUUUGACGUGUCCUGGUUCGUCCAGCGGUCGGGCGGUUCCCCUGUGCUGCUGGCGGCUGAGGAGCGCAACGCUCAGGUCCGGCACAAUCAGAGGAACAGCAGCAGCGAGGUGUCCCUGGAGCGUGUCAGUGACAUGGAGUACAGGCUGCGCGUCUACGGCUGCCAGGAGGAGGACGCCGGCGGCCAUUACUGCGCGGUCACACCGUGGGUGCGCAGCGGCGAGGGCGGCUGGAGCCGGCAGGAAACCAUCACCUCCACCAUGAUGGCCCUGAGCGUGAAGAUGGACCUGCUGAGCGCCUUCAAGUACCCGCUGCUGAUCGGGGCCGGGCUGUCGCUGCUCGCCGGCCUCUUAUCCUGCCUCAUCGGAUAUUGCAGUUCGCGGUUCUGCUGUAAGCCGCCGCCGCCGGUUCAGGAGAAGCGCAGGGAGCAUCGCCGCCUCAUGUCCAUGGAGCUGGACUGACAUUUGGGGGGGAGAGGAACACGGACUGAGCCAUAGACUCUUAUCUGGGGUGACAGGACUGUGACUCUUCUGGAUGAGGGGGAGCAGGGGGUCUCUCCCUCUCUAUGCACUGACCUCAGCCCCCACCCAGGAAAAGGACUACAACAGGAUCAGCAAGAUGGCGCUCAUCCUGCAGCAAAGCAAUAAGAUGUGAUGACCCCUCCCCCGCGCUGCUGAACGAAUUCAUCCCAUGGGUCAAACCAAUGCAAUAAAGGGGGGUCCGCAGCUUCCGGGACACACAGCUGUGGAUGGAGGUGCUGUCCCCGGCCGUGUGUCUCUACAGUGCCAUAAACAUGUAAUGUGCACACUGUGACAUGGCUCCUCCCCUGAGGACACGCCCUACUAAGCACACGCCUCUGCAGAGCUGCUCGGUGUCUUCUAAUGUUUUUUCUUUUUUUAUCAGAAAUGCAGAUUUUGGUUUUAUGCAGAGUUUCCUUGUUUUCCCCUCAGACUACGUCUUGGGGCCCCUGCCAUAAUCCUGGGCCCCGGGUUAACCCUUUGUCUUCCAUAGCAGACAGUUGAAUUGCACUCCCAAGCAUCGGAGAAGGGAUUUGCUAUAUUGUAAAUUGUGUCCGCUCUCCGUCCAAGCAAUAAAAUCUCUUCUA